UUCUCCAAUACAUAGACAGAUAGAUUGUCACCCUUCCAUAAGUAAAAAGAAUACAAAACCAUCAUUUAAUUGUAUAAAAAGGAUUAAAUAACUAUUUUCAACUUUUAACAUAUGCAUUUGAGUUUGGCCUUCCUUGACAAGUAAUUUGGCACAAGUGCCUUGACCUACUAUGGCCAAAACAUGGGUCAUAUCUUAUUCAGCUAAUUCUCUCAACUACGUAGGAACAACAAUAGAUUUAUUCUUAGACCCAACAUGAACCUUCCAUUAUAUAUACCUCAUACAAUCUCCAAUAGUAGCACAACAUCAUUCUAAACAUUUCAGUAAGCAAUUUGAACUGCUUCUUCCUAUUAUCACCAUGGUUGCCAACAUCCAAUUCCAUCAUAUUACUCUAGCUUUGAUCCUCUGCUCGGCAUUAUUGGCUUUUCAAGUCACAUCGCGCACUCUACAAGAUGCGAGCAUGUAUGAGAGGCACGAGCAAUGGAUGGCUCGCUACGGCAAAGUCUACAAAGACCUCCAAGAAAGGGAGAAGCGAUUCAAGAUAUUCAAGGAAAAUGUGAACUACAUUGAAGCUUCUAACAAUGCCGGGGACAAAGCUUACAAGCUAGGCAUUAAUCAAUUUGCUGACCUCACAAAUGAAGAGUUCACAUCAUCCAGAAAUGGAUUCAAGAGCCACAUGAGUCCCUCAAUUGAACGGACCACUUUUAAGUAUGCAAAUGUCACUGCAGUACCAAACACUGUGGAUUGGAGACAAAAAGGAGCAGUGACUCCCAUCAAGAACCAACAACAAUGUGGAUGUUGCUGGGCAUUUUCUGCUGUUGCAGCAACCGAGGGAAUCAACAAACUGAAGUCUGGAACUUUGAUUUCUUUAUCCGAACAAGAACUUGUGGAUUGCGACACUAAAGGUAUCGACCAAGGUUGCGAGGGCGGCCUAAUGGACGAUGCAUUCAAAUUCAUUAUUCAAAAUGGCGGACUAACGACUGAGGCCAAGUACCCUUAUAAAGGUGUUGAUGGAAAAUGCAAUACAAAAGCAUCAGCCAACCAUGCAGCUACCAUUACUGGCUACGAAGAUGUCCCCGCCAACAACGAGCAAGCACUGAAAAAUGCAGUCGCUAAUCAACCUGUUUCUGUGGCCAUUGAUGCUAGUGGCUCUGAUUUCCAGUUCUAUAAGGGUGGUGUCUUCACUGGAAGCUGUGGAACUGAGUUAGAUCAUGGUGUCACUGCUGUGGGUUAUGGAGUCAGUGACGAUGGAACAAAAUAUUGGUUAGUUAAGAACUCAUGGGGAACUGAAUGGGGCGAAGAAGGAUAUAUCAGAAUGCAAAGGGAUGUAGACGCCACAGAAGGACUUUGUGGCAUAGCAAUGCAAGCUUCUUACCCAACUGCUUAGAAACCAAACUUGAUUCUUCUUUUCCUAUACAUACCUAAACUUUUUACUUCUACGUACAUAUAUAUAUACAUACAUGUGGCAUAUAUUGUGGUUUCUUUGACCAGUUGUAAUUUGUUCUCUACCUGUCAAUUAUGAAAAUAUGGAGAAAAUCAUUUGGUUUCCCUAUAAAAAAUCUCCAUUUUAUAUUUAUAUUAAAAAAUUUAACACAUUAUCUACACUAAAGAUCACCGCAAGUCAAUUCGGUUAUCUAUAUGGAAUAAAGCUCUAAGAAAUGUUAUU